AUGAAGGUUAUCGUUAUUCUCGCUGUCGUUGUUGUUGCAGCUUAUGCUGAGACAUGUACUAGCCCUGCGGACUGCUCAUUAACAUCUUGUGGUUCAGGAUCCGAGCUCCACUGCGUUGACGGCGCUUGCACAUGUACACAUGAUGCCACUGGUGACGGAGGCUGCACGAGUGUGAAUGAUUGCCAUGGCAGAUGUCAACAUUUUGGCAGAUACCAUUGUAUCGAUGGCCGAUGCAGAUGUACUCACUUCUAG